UUACCAACGGCAUGGAGUUGCUUUGUGUGUGCUUAUAAUGCUCUCUCAUUGCUCCGUAUAUGGCGAAGAAGAUUAUUAAGUGGAAUAGUUUUCACUUUUAAUCAUAUUUUAAAGGGAGAGAGGAUGAAUCAGGAGCAAGAUGUCAGUCUUUAAUGGCACCCUAAACGUGUCCUGAUUGUGUUACGUUUUGUAUACACCUGUAUUUUACUCUUUCUCGCCUUUAAAACUACAUUGAUUUCUGUAAUUUUCUUCUUAAGUGUUCCAUUUGUUUUUGUUUCUAACUUCAGCCAUGGCCGAUUUCCCAUUGCUUGAAUGGGUCGAGAAUCGCCGGGAGACAACAUGGGCUGCUUUCUUCGCGGAGGCGAAGACUGUUGGGUUCUUAGCGGUUCCAUUGGUUGCCAUUAAUCUUUCUCAGUUCUUGAUACAGACUGGUUCUUUGAUGGUUGUGGGUCAUCUCGAUCAACUCGCUCUCUCCAGCACUGCCAUAGCCGUUUCUUUAGCUGCUGUUUCAGGGUUCAGUGUGCUUAUAGGCAUGGCUAGUGCUCUUGAAACUCUAUGUGGGCAAGCUUAUGGGGCAGGACAAUAUCAAAAAUUUGGGAAUCAUGUUUUCACUGCUAUAUUGUGUUUGCUAGUAGUUUGCCUCCCUAUAACUCUGUUGUGGAUCAACAUUGGGAAGCUACUUGUUUUGGUUGGGCAGGAUCCUUUGAUAUCACGUGAAGUUGGGAAGUUCAUGAUUUGGCUUAUUCCUGGGCUCAUUGCUUUUGCAUUUCUGCACCCACUUAUGAGAUAUUAUCAGAUGCAAGUUUUUGUGCUUCCCAUGCUCAUGUUUAGUUGGAUCACCCUUUGUUUGCACAUACCCCUCUGUUGGGUUUUGGUGUUUAAAACUGGACUCAAAAACCUUGGUGGAGCUUUAGCCAUAAGUAUUUCAUAUUGUUUGAAUGUGAUUCUUCUUGCUUUAUAUAUGAAAUUUUCCCCCAAGUGUGAAAAAACUCGCGGUGUUGUGUCUAUGGAGCUGUUCAAAGGAAUUGGACUCUUCCUUCACUUCGCUGUCCCUUCUGCAGUCAUGACUUGCCUUAGUUGGUGGUCAUUUGAGCUGAUUAUUUUAUUGUCUGGGCUUCUACCAAAUCCAGAGCUAGAGUCUUCAGUUCUAUCUGUUUGCUUCAAUACAUUGACAACAGUAUUUACAGUACCAUAUGGAAUUGGCAGUGCAGGCAGUACCAGAGUUUCAAAUGAACUAGGAGCUGGGAAGCCGCAAGCUGCUCGUGUAGCUGCCUGGGCUGCAAUAUUUCUUGCAGUUGUGGCAAUCAUCAUAGUGAGCGUGGUCCUGUUUGCUCUUCGUCAUGUUUUCGGUUAUGCUUUCAGCAACGAAAAAGAAGUUGUGGAUUAUGUUGCUGUCAUGGCUCCCCUAGUUUGUAUAUCAAUCGUUUUGGAUGCCAUUCAAGGGGUCCUUUCUGGCAUUAUAAGAGGAUGUGGCUGGCAGCGCGUUGGGGCUUAUAUAAACUUAGGGGCUUAUUAUCUCUGUGGAAAUCCAGCUGCUUUAGCUCUUGGUUUCUUGGCAAAUCUGAAAGGGAGGGGCCUGUGGAUCGGCAUCCAAAGCGGCGCUUUCGUGCAGAUGCUUCUACUCGCGAUCGUCAUGGGCCGUGUAAAUUGGGAAAAACAGGCAGAUGAAGCUAGGGAAAGGAUCUUUGAAGGAAAAGGGUUAGUGAAUAAUGAGGAGCAAGGUGGUUGAUCGGUGAUUCUGUCUUCUGUGCUAACUUGUGAUCAGCAGUUAAAAGUUGAGAUGUUGGAAGAGAAACUUGUUGCACUUCGGGUACUUUUGUUUUACCUCGAGUUAUUAUGUCGUGCUGUUUUAUUUAACCUAGAGUUUUAAAGCCUCAAAUUAUUGUUUCGUGCUAUUUUGUUUAACCUAACCUAGAGUUCUAAAGCUUCAAA